CACACACACACACACACUCACACACAGAUACACACACACACACACACACACAGAUACACACACACACACACACACACACACACACACACACACACACACACACACACACACAGAGGACAACUUACAAAACGCAAAGGGUCCUUCAGAACAGAGGGUCUUCAACAUUUAGUUGGAUUUAUUACAAUAUUACAUCUACUGAACGCCCCUGGAGAAUUAGUGAGAACUUUAAAUACUGUAAAACUCUCGAAAAGAGAGGGAACGAAAGAUUGAAAAGAUUGGAACGUGGUUGAAGACAAUGAGUGUAGGUAGGAUUGGUCGUUACAGUGUCGUGUCGACGGAGGAGGAUGGUCUACGUUUAACAACCAUGCACGGAGGAGGGAUGAAUGGAUACGGCAACGGCAACGGCAAAAUCCACACUCGGCGAAAAUGUUGCAACCGUUUCGUGAAAAAAAAUGGACAGUGCAACGUGCAGUUCACCAACAUGGACGAGAAGUCCCAGCGCUACCUGGCGGACAUGUUUACCACCUGCGUGGACAUCCGUUGGCGCUACAUGCUAAUUGUUUUCACGCUAGUCUUUGUGAUUUCCUGGUUGGUGUUUGGAUUGGCGUUUUGGGUAAUCGCGCUUCUUCACGGUGACCUCGACAACCCGGCAGGCGACGAUAACUUUACGCCGUGUGUCUUACAGGUGAAUGGCUUCAUUGCUGCGUUCCUGUUCUCCAUUGAGACGCAAACGACUAUUGGUUACGGUUUCCGCUGCGUAACGGAGGAGUGCCCUCUCGCGGUGUUUCUCGUGGUCUUCCAAUCAAUCGUUGGCAGCAUCAUCGACUGCUUCAUGAUUGGCGCCAUCAUGGCCAAAAUGGCCCGGCCCAAGAAGCGAGCGCAAACUCUACUGUUCUCGAAUAACGCUGUCAUCGCCAUGCGUGACGGAAGACUGUGCUUAAUGUGGCGGGUAGGGAACCUACGAAAGAGUCACAUCGUAGAGGCACACGUUCGGGCGCAGCUCAUCAAACCACGCGUCACGGCCGAAGGCGAGUACAUCCCGCUCGACCAACUGGACAUUAAUGUUGGUUUCGAUAAAGGACUAGACCGCAUCUUCCUUGUCUCGCCAAUCACCAUCCUUCAUCAAAUCGACAAAGAGAGCCCUCUGUUCGGCAUCAGUCAGCAGGACCUCGAUAAGGCAGAUUUUGAAAUCAUCGUGAUCUUGGAAGGCAUGGUGGAAGCUACAGCCAUGACGGCACAGGCUCGAAGCUCGUACCUGGCCAGUGAGAUCCUCUGGGGGCAUCGAUUUGAAUCGGUGCUGUUUGAGGAGAAGAACCAAUACAAGGUCGACUAUUCACACUUCCACAAGACGUACGAGGUACCGUCCACUCCUCGCUGUAGUGCCAAGGACAUGAUGGAAAGCAAGUACCUCGUCGUGCCCAGCGCCAACUCGUUCUGCUACGAGAAUGAGCUGGCGAUACUGAGCCACGAAGAGGAAGAGGAUGGAAGUCCAGAGAGAAUCAAACUGGAGCGAGCGAUAAGCCUCAGCCCACAGAGAACACCGCGACAUGACUUCGAACAGCUGCAGACUCCUCGUUGCAUGGAGCAAAGGUCAUACCGCCGGGAAUCUGAGAUAUGAACCUGUACCUCGACCUUUUUGAUGCUAAGUCAGAUUUUGUGUUUCGUUCCUGGAGACACUGGAGUUUCAAAAAUGCAGAACAAUGCAAAGUGCCAUCCAGAGAGAGUGAGCGUGUGAAUGAGGGA